GCCAAGACUUUCUUCUUUUUUCCAAGAGCAUGCAAUUACACGUUAAGCUUCCAGCAAACAGAGAAUUAACAGCAAUCUUUCACGUUUGGUGACUUUAAAAUUCAGAGGACAAACGGGAAAAUAUGCCUUAAUGACAUUGCUCAGGAUAGAAGAGCUGCUGUUUCUGUGCGUGUUGGUUUUUCUUGUUACUUAAUCUAAAUGGCAGCAGCAUCAGAUGCUAAAAGUUGCCUGUUGCAUUGCAAAUCACAGUCUGCCAAAACCUGCCCUCGUCUUACUUUUUUCUCUUCCCAACAGGCCACAAACAAGCGUGGGAAAGAGAUGUUCUACACUGCCGCUAAGUUUGUUCUGGCGACGGGAGAGAGGCCUCGUUAUCUGGGCAUCCCUGGAGACAAAGAGUACUGCAUCACCAGCGAUGACCUGUUCUCAUUGCCCUACUGUCCCGGGAAGACUCUUGUCGUCGGGGCGUCGUAUGUGGCUCUGGA